AUGUCCUUAUUGCGCGAAGCUGAGAGGUGUGUCGCUAAUCAAUAUACACACAAUUUCAAUGCCUUCAUAACCCCGCUGGCACGCGCGGGGCAAUGGCUCGACCGCGUGAAAGAAGCAGAUGAGCGCAAGGAACAAGGUACCACCAAGACACAGGCGCACACUGUCUACUUGAAAGCUAAUGACAUGAAAGGGAAGCCCAAAUCCGCCGUCGAUGGCCGUCUGAUCUCCAUCAAAGACAAUAUUUGCACACGCGACCUCCCGACGACUUGCGCUUCCGGGAUUUUGGACAAAUUCACCAGUCCCUUCAAUGCCACCGUCGUCGAUCAGCUAGAGGCUGUUGGGGCUAUCAUAGCCGGGAAGACGAAUUUGGAUGAGUUUGGCAUGGGCUCGAACUCGAUUAAUUCACACUUUGGUCCGGUCAAAAAUCCAAGGCGCGAUGCUAGCGGGGAAGAUCUCUCUGCUGGCGGUAGCUCCGGUGGAAGCGCUGCUUCAGUUGCGGCCGAUCAAUGCUAUGCUUCGCUGGGGACAGAUACCGGAGGCUCGGUCAGACUGCCAGCCGCAUACACGGGGACCGUAGGCUUCAAGCCAUCUUACGGAUUGAUCUCACGAUGGGGCGUGGUGGCAUAUGCGAAUUCACUGGAUACAGUCGGCAUACUGGGGAAAACAACCGCCAACGUCCGGGAUAUAUUUGACAUCCUCAACAAACAUGACCACCGCGAUCCUACCAGUCUAUCUAUCUUCUCUCGCGACCGAAUUCAACACUCCCUUCAUAACCCACAGCUCACAGCCCGACUGAAAUCCACUUCUCUCCGAAUUGGCGUGCCAAUCGAAUAUAACGUUUCCGAGCUGACGUCGUCUGUCAGACGUGCUUGGGCGCUUUCACUGGCACACUUGAAGAAACAGGGCCAUACCAUCCACUCGAUUUCUCUGCCUGAUACAAAGCAUGCUUUGUCAACUUAUUACGUUGUCGGUCCGGCUGAGGCAUCUUCGAACCUGGCUAAAUAUGAUGGAGUUCGGUACGGCACUCGAGCUGAGGGCCCAGAUGGAGAUGGGAAGCCAGAUGGUUAUUUGUAUGCCAAUACGCGCGGAGAAGGGUUCGGCCAGGAAGUCAAGAGACGGAUUGUUCUGGGGACAUUCUCUUUGAGUGCUGAUGCUAUGGACAACUAUUUCAUUCAGGCUCAGCGGGUGCGUCGUCUUGUCCAGAAAGAUUUCGAUGCUGUUUUUACGGCCAAGCACCCACUUGCUGCUCAUGGGACUGGGAUUAAAAAGGAGAAUGAUGUCGAUGUCAUUAUUUGUCCUACUGCUCCUUCGUCUGCGCCGCGCUUGUCAGAUCUGAUGGACAAAACUAAGCCCAAAUCACCAUUGGAAGGCUAUGUCACCGAUGUGUACACCGUUCCGGCCAGUUUGGCUGGCUUGCCAGCAAUCUCGGUUCCGGUGACUGUGUCUGGUGAGCAAGAAGCCGAGCUGGCUGGUAUCCAGGUCAUUGGUCAAUAUGGAGAUGAUCAGCUUGUUAUGAAAGUUGGCGAGAUGUUAGAAGGGAAACACUUGGAAGCAUGA